CUGGUGGCACUAUGUUGCGAAGUCCGUAACACAGCUACGCAUUCGUAGCGCACGACACAACAGUUUUCUCGGCCAGUAGCACGGCUGGUUAGCUAUUCGUGCCGUGUGUGUAUGUGUGUAUGUGUAGCUUCUUCGUGAGUUUAUUGCGUGGUGCAUGGCAACAGAGGUUGCUGCGUUGAACUUGGAACCACCGAAAAUUGUCACCAAAAGACUAUUUACUGCUUAGACGUUCGGUUCCGGCAAGCAGGAAGCAACCGGUGCAGAAGCAACGGUCCGGCCGCAGUAUGGCUCCGCAACCGCUGGAACAGGGUGGAGCGGUGACCAGCUUCAUCCCCACGGGGCAGGAGAUGGCGCAGCGGCAGAACCUCAUCCCGUUGGGCCGUUUGAUCGAUUUCAUCAUCCAACGGACCUACCACGAGCUAACGGUUCUCGCAGAGCUGUUACCACGCAAAACGGAUAUGGAUCGAAAGAUCGAGAUCUACAAUUUUUCCGCCAGCACCCGGCAGCUGUUCAUUCGGUUGCUGGCACUGGUGAAGUGGGCCAACUCGGCCUCGAAGGUCGACAAGUCGGCCAAAAUAAUGGGCUUCCUCGACAAACAGUCGAUGCUGUUCAUCGAUACGGCCGACAUGCUGUCGCGGGUGGCCCGUGAAACUCUCGUGCACGCCCGGCUUCCGAACUUUCAUAUUCCGGCGGCGGUCGAAAUCCUGACCACCGGAUCGUACUCCCGGCUGCCGUCGAUCAUACGCGAGCGCAUCGUGCCACCGGAUCCGAUUACGGCGGCCGAGAAGCGCCAAACGCUGCAGCGCCUCAACCAGGUCAUCCAGCACCGGCUGGUGACGGGGAAUCUGUUGCCGCAGCUGCGAAAGUUCCGGAUCGAGAAUGGGCGCGUCACGUUCAAGGUGGACCACGAGUUUGAGGUAUCGCUGACGGUGAUGGGUGAUGCACCGACCGUCCCGUGGCGCCUCCUGGACAUUGACUUUCUGGUGGAGGACAAAGAAACGGGCGACGGGAAGGCGUUGGUUCACCCGCUGCAGGUGAACUACAUCCACCAGCUGAUCCAGGGCCGGAUCGUGGACUGCAUCGAUGCGCUGGCCGAAGUGUACUCGUGUCUGCACUACUUCUGCCAAUCGCUGCAGCUCGAGGUGCUUUACACGCAAACGCUCCGCCUGAUGCGAGACCGACUGGACGACCAUAUCCACGUGGACGAGUACAUCGUGGGUUCGAAGCUAACCGUUUCGUACUGGCGCGAGCUAACGAACAAGGACCCAAAGUCGGAGCUCGGCUACCGGUUGACCAUCCAGACGGAUCCGAACGAUUGCUCCAAACAGCUGGCCAUUCUGCACGUGCCCUCGAUCGGUAGCAAGGAAGCGGACAUUGCCGAUCGGGCCGUCCGUUCGGAUCUGCUCUCGAUGGAGCGGCUGCUCGUGCACACGGUCUACGUACGCUCGUUGGCCCGUUUGAACGACGUCAAAACGGAACUGCAACACUUCCUGAAGGAUGUGGAGUACAACAUUCACGGCACACCGGCCAUGCUGACGGUGCCGGUGCUAAAUCCGUGUCUGCGGGCCGAGCACAUCUACAUUACGGUCGACACGCACACCGGUAUGCUGCGGUGUCACGUUCCGAAGCACCUGGACUGUCCCAUCAUGCCCGACAUGCAGCACGCCCUGAACAACGAUUGGUCCAAGCUGCAGCAUCUGAUCUCGGAGCUCCGCUACUGGAUCACGCAGCGACGGUGCGAGAAGACUCUGCAGCACCUACCGGCGACCACGCAGGACCGCUUGCCGUUAGUCUUUCCGCCGAAUCAUCCGAUCACACGCAUGGGACCACACAAAGUAUUCAUUCAACUUUACCGCCAUGCCAACGUCAUUCUGAUUGUGGAGCUAAAAGAGAAGAAAAGUUGCCCCAACGAAAUGACCUACUCGUUCUACGUGGUGCUCGUGAAACCAUCGUCCGUUGAGGAAGGACAAACGGGACUGCCAGACGGCCCCCAAGGGGCUGGAUCGGGCCCAAAUGAGACGGGGGCGGGCGGUAUGCCCAAGCUGUACCUUCGCGUUUUGUCGCUCAUCGAGUUCGAUACGUUCGUGGCGACGCACGGUCCCGGGACACCGAUUGACGAGACGCCGGCCGUCGGGUGCAGCAAGCGCAAACUACAGUCGACCGAACUGUCGUUGAGCGUGUUGGGACCGCCGAUGAAGCAACAGAAAACCAUCUAUCCGGCGUACUUUAUCCCCGAGCUGGCGCACGUCGUGGCGAUGUGCGACGAAAAGCUACCGUUCGUGGCCCUGGCCAAGGAGUUCUCUAACCGGCGCAUACCGCACGGUGGCCUGCAGGUGGAAGCGAAUGCCACCUCGCUGGUGCUGAAGCUACUGACGUUGCCUCAACCGAAACCGCCUCAGCUCCCGGCAACGGCGCAGCAGCAGCAGCAGCAACAGCAGCAUGGGUCACAAUCUCAACAGCACUCGCACCCAGCGCAAACCGGACCGGACGGGAAGCCGGGGGGCGAACCGAAAACCGUUCACGUCCCACCUAUCGACAAGCAGGUGUGGAAUGCACUUCUCAAGCGCCUGCUCUCGGUGUCGGUCCGGGCGCAGGUUAACAAGAGCAACCAGACGCGUCUCUGGACGACGGAACUCGUGUUCUACGGGUCCCCGUUGCCUAGCCUGCACCACAAGGAGCAGGGUAUGCGCCGGGCCGUCUAUCUGCAGUACGAAAUGCUGCCGGUCGAUUCGGUCGCCAAGGUGGUCGAUCUGCUGCUGAACGAUUGGUCGAAGAUCGUGUACCUGUACACGCUCGUGCACGAGUUCCACGAGCAGUUGGGCAACGAAAAGUACAACCUGCAGAGCAUGGUGACGAUCAAGUCGUACAGCUACACGAACCUGCUGCUGGCGUACGGCCCCAAGAAGGAGGUGAACGUGAACAUCUGCUGGGACACGGAGGCGAAAGAGUUUAAGCUCGUGUUCACCGGCGGCAACAGUGCGAUCAAUGCGCACUCCAUGAUGCGCGAUCAGCUGCAGGCCCACCUGAACCACAACUACAACCUGGCGCAGAUCGUGCACAUGCUGCACGAAACGUACCAACCGCUCAGCUCGAUCGCCAAGCUGCCGAUCAUCCCGCACCUGGCCAUCCUGCAGUCGCCCAAGAUUCCGGUGCUCUCGUUCUGCAUCAUCCCACAGUCGCCCACGUUGCUGCGGAUCUCGUUUCAAGGCGUUUACUGUCUCGAGGUGCGCUUCCGGGGCGGCGGACUGUGCACGGUCCGGGACGGGGCGUACAGUCGCUUCGAUCGUACGCACGUCGUCGAGGAGUUUACCCCGACGCAGGGCCUAAAGGGGUUCCUGUCGAAGUACGUCGACGAAACGGCCGUCUUCCGGAGACGAUCCCAGUCGGAAGACGAUAAUCCUCCUUCGCCCGUCACGAUGGAAGAUCCGUCUCAUGCCACUGCCGCUGCCGGUGGUGGUGGCGGUGCAGUCGGAAGCGGAUCGGUCGGAUCGAACACUUUUCUCGGUGGCGGAACAGGUGGCAUGCGCGGUCCACAGAGUCCCCGUGAUCCGGGGUUGCGUUUCGCGGCACCACUCACACCGCCCACCGGUUCCAAUCCUCACACACCGGCCAGUCCGCAUCCGAUCGGUGGCGGCGGUGGAGCUGGGGCAGGCGGUGGACCCGGAGGACAGGGAGGAGGCCCGGGCAGUGGGCAGGGUGGCCAGGGUGGGCAUAUGAACAAUUUCAACAUGACCUCUCCGCCGGCCUCGCACAUGCCGCACCCUUCGCCGAGUGGUGGCGGAUUGAUGCCAUCGUCGCCACUGAACGCCCAGCCGAGCCCGAUGGCGGCCCAUUCGCCGGGGCCGAGUAAUCUCGCGUACAUGCAGGGAGCCCACACCGACGGCAGCCCCUUUGCGGCCCUCUCACCGGCCGCCUCCAACUGGCCCGGCUCGCCCGGAAUGCCACGCCCGUCACCGAGACCUGGCCAGAGUCCGGAACACAAAGCCCAAAGUACGUUCACGGGUCACGAGUUUGGGGACAGAUUUUUAUUUUCUCUUCCCUGUCCUCUGUCAUUAGCACCUCACCAUUACACGUCGCGCGUCAUUCCGGCGCGCUCGUGGGCCGGAGCCAUUCCGACGCUGCUGACCUACGAAGCGCUCGAUACGCUGUGCCGUGCGACGCCACAUCCGCAGAAGGAAAUUCCCGGCCCAGAGCUGAGCCCUCUCGAGCGUUUCCUCGGUUCGGUCUUUAUGCGCCGCCAGCUGCAGCGAAUCAUUCACCAGGAAGACAGUUUGAUGGCAAUCACGUCGAACGAACCGGGGGUCGUGGUGUUUAAAGCGGACUGCCUGCAGUACCAGGUGUUCCUGAACCCGAACCACAUGCAAUCGUUGCACCUGAAGGCGAUUCAGCUGCCGUCGAUGGGCGGCGGGAACCCGAUGAUGGACGGCAAACCGGUACCGUACCAGUGGGCGGUGGAAGAUUUGCAAGUUCUCGAACAGUUCUUCGACCAGCGGGUUGCGGCCCCACCGUACCGGCCGGCGGUUAUGACGAGCUUUACGCGAAUGCUCAACCUUCCGGCGAAGGUGCUGAUGGACUUUAUCCAAAUUAUGCGCCUUGAUCUGAUGCCCGAACUGGGGCAGGGCAACAAGUGGAACGUGCAGUUCGUGCUACGCAUGCCCCCGUCGGCCACACCGAUCGUGCCGGUCGGCACGACGACCAUCCUGUCGCACCGGCAAAAGAUUCUGUUCUUCAUCCAGAUCACGCGCAUCCCCUAUCUGCCGAACAUGGAGUGGAAGGACGCGGUCACGAUGCUGCUCCCGAUGGUGUACGAUAUGAAUAUGAACCACACCACGCUGGCCGAGCGGCGAGAGCCCAUGCCACCGCAGCUGACCAGUGCGGUCAGUGCCCACUUGCGCCGCUUUUCCGAGUGCUCCGUGCUGCAGCAGGGCGAAUGUUCGCUCUUUCCUGCCGUCCGGGACCUGCUGCUGACGCUGACGCUUCCGAACGAACCGCCCGUGCCGGGGCAGAUGCCAAUUCAGCUCGGUGGUGUCAUGCAGCAGGGUGGCGGUCCGGGCGGACCGGGUGUACCGAUGGGAGGACCGAAUGCCGUUCCCCCGUCACAGGGUGUCCCGCAAGUCGGUUCCAGCCCCAACCCGAUGAUGCACUCACCGAUGCAACAGCAGCAGAUGGGUGCCGGCGGCGGCCAACCAGGCGGCAAUUACGGUGGAAUGGUCGGUGGAGGCGGUGGAGGACCGCCGGGUGGCGUGGGCCCCGGAGUUGGUGGACCGGGCGUCCCUUGAAAACUGUACAGAAACCGAAAGGAAAACGAAUUCAACAUUUGAAAUUGAUGUGUAA